AUGCGAGUGGCUGCACGGUAUUUCACAUGGGACAUCACAAAGACAUUCAUGAACAUCGUCCUUCGCUAUAGUUGGCAUGUAAUGUUGUACAAGUGGUACCUUGAGCACAACCAGAGCGCCUCGACCGAAGACUAUGGUCAUUGGGCAGAGCCGCUGAUCCUAGACUCUGACGAUCUGAUGUACAACAAGGCAGCAGUUGCGGAACUCUGCCGCAAGACCGCCCUGGACCCAGAUCGUGUGCAGUAUCACUGGGCGAAGACUGCGGCUGAGAGCACCUACGAGAAGGAGGAAGUCUUCACCGACACACUGGCUGCAUCAGAGGCGAUCCUGCCCGGGAAGAGUUCUGUCAACGUGCGCCUCGAAGAAGAGUUGGAGAAGUGGCUGGUCGAGUUCGGGGAGGAAAGAGGCCAGCUUUUACGAGACCUGGUCGCGGACGCAAUGCCUGACUACCAGUAUCUGCGAGAGCGAUCGAUCGGAGCAACACAUGGUGCUGUUGUGGAUAGCGGUCAACAUUGA